CCGUCCAACUCCAAAACACCACAGCGCAUGUGCAAGCGCUAAAACAGGCUGCUGUGUUUUUCCCAAGGAGAGCUUAUCUUUUAGUUUAUUUAUUGCGUGGAAAAACCAUUUAAACAGCGAAACAGAAGCACUCGCAGUAGGUGGCAGUGUGAGCUUUCCGGUUAGCUUGUUAGCCGUUUGAGAGCCAGAAGGACGUUAACGGCGCUGAUGUGUGCUCCGUCACUGGUGGCUUUAGUGUUAUGAUUGAAAGUGAUUGUUGGACUUUAUUGCAGUGCAGAUGACACUAUUCAGAGAGCUCCCUGAGGCAACAUGACAGCACUGCAGAGGAUUCAUUCAUGGCUGCCUCUCCUGCAGCGACCCUGGACAUCCAGCUGUCAGAGAGCAGCAGCAUCCUGCAGACUGCUCCACACCCAUCACCAUGCAGCUGCAGUCAACACUGUCCAACAACACUUCAACAGAGGGGUGUUCACCUUGCAGUCCAGGACGUUUGGGCUCUCUGCCUGCACACUGAAAAGCACAGAUGACUUCAGUAAUCAUCACACUGGAUAUUCAGAAGAGGAUGACGAGGAAGAAGACUUCCUGGAGGACAGAGAGGUGGAGGAGCUGUUCCAGCAGCAGAUUCCUGCAGGCGUCGGAGACGGACAGCAGGGAGUGUUCAUUGUCCACCCUGAUGUGAAGUGGGGAAGGAGGAAGCAACAUCUCACCACCGCUGAGCUGAUGGUGGCUGAGGCUGUGGGGCUCGUGAACACCUUAGACAACUGGACAGUGGUGGACAAGAUCAUCCUCUCCACCAAGACCCCAGAGAAGAAGAGGAUAUUUGGGAAAGGCAACUUCCAGUCUCUCACAGAGAAAAUCAGGCAAACAGCAGGAAUCACUGCUGUGUUUGUGAAUGUUGAGCGUCUGUCCCCUUUGUCUGAGAGGGAGUUUGAGGAAACCUGGGGGGUGAAAGUCUUUGACAGAUACUCGGUUGUUCUUCACAUUUUCCGCUGCAACGCUAGAACCAAAGAGGCCAAAUUACAGAUCUCGCUGGCAGAGAUCCCCUUGUUAAGAUCUCGUCUAAAAAAUGAAAUGGCAAACUUGGACCAGCAGGGUGGAGGGUCGAGAUACAUCGGCGGCUCAGGUGAGACUCUGUACGAGGUCCAGCAGAGACUGUUAAAGGAGCGAGAGAUGAAGAUUCGCUCAGCGCUGGAAAAGCUUCGUAAAAAGAGGCACCUGCUGCGAUCUCAGCGUAAACGCAAGGAGUUCCCAGUUGUGUCUGUCUUAGGAUACACCAACUGUGGAAAAACAACUCUGAUCAAAGCUCUGACUGGUGACAGCGGCCUUCAGCCCAGGAACCAGCUCUUUGCAACCCUGGAUGUCACCGUUCACGCCGGCCAGCUGCCCAGUCGCAUGACUGUCCUGUACGUGGACACCAUCGGUUUCUUAUCCCAGCUGCCCCACCAGCUCAUCGAGUCCUUCUCUGCCACCCUGGAGGACAUUAAGCACUCUGAUCUGCUGGUUCACGUCAGAGACAUCAGUCAUCCAGAGACGGUUAAUCAGAAGGCCAACGUACUGAAUGUCCUGCAGAACCUGCAAAUCCCCGACAGGCUGAUGAGCUCCAUGAUAGAAGUCCACAAUAAAACCGAUCUCAUCGACAGCUAUCAGCCUGCAGAGCCCGGCGCUCUGCCCAUCUCUGCCCUGGAGGAGCGAGGCCUGGAUGAGCUGCAGCGAGCAGUGGAAGAGCAGAUUUUAAAGUCUACAGGGAAACAAAUUUUAGACCUCACAGUUAACCUCAGCACUCCUCAGCUCAGCUGGCUGUACAAAGAAGCAACCGUUCAGGACGUGCAGGUGAACGCAGACGAAGGAUCGGCUGUUGUCAGAGUCAUCAUCAGCGCCGCCGCUCACGGACGCUACAGGAAACUGUUCGAAGGCAGAUAAUAGCAGCUGCGGGAGCAGUUAAGGACUGCAAACUGUACCAUAAGAUGAUAUGUUAUUGCUGUACAGUAUAUUAAAAUACCUGAAGAUA